AUGGUGGUUUUAUGCCUAGUUAUUUCCUUUUUUUUCUUUCCAAAACUUCUUUUAUUAAUUAAAGUACAUGAUGUUUCAUAUAGUGAACUAAGCGACAUGAAUCCUUUUACCUUGCAUCCAUCCAUGGCUUUGAACAACACAAAGCCCGUUUUGAUGCUCCUGAUUCCCCUCCUAAUGCUGCAUCGCAACUCCGACACAUCUUUCGAAUUCCCCAACUUUUCAGGGCCAUACGCGAGCGAGCUGAUAACGCUCCAAGGCGACGCCUUCGAGUCAAAGGGCGUCAUAACGCUAACGAAGGUCCAAAACGGCGCAAUGAUGCCCAACAGCGCCGGCAGAGCCACCUACGCUCUUCCCGUGCGCCUCUGGAACUCACAAACGGGCAAGGUGGCACGCUUCAACACCACCUUCUCCUUCGAGAUAACCUACGGUUUUGAUUUAGCAGAAACCGGCGAUGGAAUCUCUUUCUUCCUCGCACCCUUCCACUCCCAAAUGCCCCCACAUGCAGACGGUGGAUACCUCGGACUCCUCAGCCCCGACACUGCCUUAAGAAACACCGACAAGAACCAACUUGUCGCGGUUGAAUUCGACAUGCACCCCAAUUCGUGGGACCCUGCCGUUCCCCACAUUGGCAUUGAUGUUAACUCCAUCGCUUCGGUGAAAACGGUGCCGUGGAAAAACGUCGUGGGCUUGCUGAUAGUGUUCGCCACUGUGACGUAUGAUCCUGUGUCGCAAAAUUUGAGCGUGGCAGUGCGUGACGGACCUACGGCUAGCCUCGUGAUCGAUUUGAAGAGCGUUCUGCCAGAAUGGGUAAGCGUUGGCUUCUCCGGCUCCACCGGAAAAUUCACUGAAGUGCACGAUAUUCACUCGUGGAGUUUCAGUUCUAGCUUCGAUUAG